AUGCAGUCGUACAAGCACGGCAUGACCAGCCAGGGACCCGACCCGGAACUGUACUACGUCAAGCAGAACCGUAUCGGCAAGGGGUCGUUCGGUGAAGUCUACCGCGGUUACGACAGACGCACGACUCUGCCAGUGGCCAUCAAGAUCAUCGACCUCGAAAGCGCGGAGGAUGAGAUUGAUGAUAUCCAGCAGGAGAUCCAGAUCCUGGGUCAGCUCGACUCGGACUGCAUCACAAGGUACUAUGGCUCCUUUCUAAAGGGUUCGCACCUGUGGAUCAUCAUGGAGUAUUGUGCCGGAGGCUCGUGCUCAGAUCUCAUGAAGGCCGGCUCAUUCAAGGAAGAGUACAUCGCCAUUCUGUUACGAGAGUUGCUGCGGGGACUGGAGUACCUGCACGGCGAAGGAAAGCUCCACCGUGACAUUAAGGCCGCCAAUAUUCUUCUUACGGCGAACGGAGACGUCAAGCUUGCCGAUUUCGGAGUGUCUGGUCAGCUGACAGCGACGAUGACCAAGAAAAACACCUUUGUCGGUACGCCGUAUUGGAUGUCUCCGGAAGUCAUCAAGCAGAGCGGGUACGACCACAAGGCCGACAUUUGGUCACUCGGUAUCACGGCAAUCGAGCUCGCUGAGGGCGAGCCACCAUACGCCUCCCUGCACCCCAUGAAGGUGCUCUUCCUGAUCCCUAAGAACCCCCCGCCGGAGCUGUCAGAACGCUAUUCGAAGCCGUUCCGGGACUUCGUCAACCUGUGUCUCCAGCGUGAUCCCCGCAUGCGUCCGUCUGCAAAGGAUCUGCUGAAGCACAAGUUUAUCAGAACCGCACGUAAAGCGUCGUACCUGACGGAGUUGGUCGAGCGACACGAGAAGUGGAAGGCUGAAGGUGGCUUGAAGCCUGAGGAGCCGAGGGAGCAGAUGUCUCAGGAGCCAGGCUUCGGGCCAGCGGGUGACGAUAUGUGGGAUUCAACCAUGUCGAGAGCGAGCCGCCCGCUUCCCUCGCCCGGUACCAUGCCGAUGCCUGGGCAGAGCCCAGUCACUGGUCUGCCGCCGGGUCAGACGACGCCCACGCUUCCCGGACACGCCAGCAACAUCCCGUCACACGCGCGCAUGACAUCCCAGCAGACGCUCCCGGCUGUUGAUCACCAGGAGCCGUACACGGAUACGAUGCAGCGCGCAACGCCCGCGCGGGACCCCGACCAUAUGGUCUCGUCGAUGGCCCAGCAAAUGCAGCAGAUGGCGGUCCAGAUGCCGAUGCCGCCGCACGGCGUCCCCGCUCAGAUGCACCACCCCGCCGUACAGCACUCGCCACACAUGGGCGGCCACGGCUCGAUGGCGAGCAUGCCUAGUAUGCCGAGCAUGGCUAGCAUGGCGACGGUGCAGCAGCAGCACCAUGAGGACGAAGACGAGGACAGCAUGCUGGAGAACGUCAUUGUGCCGGCCAUUGGAAGUCUCGCAGCUCGUAUACCGAAUGACGAGGCGGCCAGGAUAGUCUUAGAACGACUCAAGUCGGCAUUCGAGGCCGCCGAGAGACAGAUUCCAGGCGUCACUAGCGCGUUCGUGCUUGAGAUUGUCGAGAACGUGGAGCAGGUCGACGAGCAGCAGGAGUAUGCUCAGUAG